UGUCGGCCGUGGCGUCGACGGCGACGAUCCAGUGUCGGCCGUGCCGGCGACGGCGACGGAAUCGACGGAGCCGGCGGAGUGGGCGGCGGAGGCUGGUGGCAAGGUCACGCAGCUGUCGACGAGUGGAUCACCCGGACGGCUCUCCCCGGUAAGCAGCGCCGCGGCACCCUCCCACUGGACGGCACGGGCUGAGUGUCGGACGCCGAGUGCCACUCAGACUGUCGAGUGUCGGACUCGGCGGAUGAUUCCGAGAGUGUCAGGGUGUCAACUUAAGCCGACUACGGCGCCGAGGACUGCCCACAGAGCGAGCGGCAAUCUCAGCUCGGUAAUCCGCGGUCCAAAAUAGUUUCACCGCUGACCCCGACGCGUGGUCACUGGGUAGUCUCCUGAAGCACCGCAAGAGGCCAGCUGAGGACCUCUAUGGUGGAAGAUCAGCCAUCCCUGUUGGCUAAGGAGGAGUGCGUUUGGAAAUCGCCUUUGCAGUGACUGACACGAAAGGCGAACCGGUAAACUAUGCAGCAAACCGGAAAGUCGUGAAGCAUCGUUGGGAAUGCGUGCUACGAUCGUGAUGAGUGAAUUUGAACUGGCUAGGGACGUUCGAAGUUGACCCGUGUCUGAGUUUUUGGACUGGUGUGUAGUCAAUUGCCAGUGGCAGACCACCGACCACGAACUGCAUACUCCCGAUUCCCGAUACCACUGCAGUGUCUUCGGCAGUGUCUCCAGUGCCGUUUCCCACCAGCCGCGUCGCCAUGGUAAAGCGGAACAAGAAGUGCUACCGGCUGCGCUACUACAUCAAGGUGUUCUUCACGCACCUGUUCUCGCACGUGGGUCUGUGCGGCCUGGUGGUGGGCUAUUCGGUGGUCGGCGCGUUCCUGUUCGAGUCGCUGGAAGGCCAGCCUGCGGAGCCGACCGAGCGGCCGACGCUGCCCCGCGACAAGCGCCGCGAGAUCGACGACUUCCGCGCCAGGUGUCUGGAGGAGCUGUGGGCAAUAAACAUGAACCAGUCGAUCCUGCCCGUGCUGCGGAAGCCCAACUGGACCGAGCUGACGCUGCCGAAGCUGCAGCAGCUCGAGGAGAGCAUCAUCGGCGUGGUGACGUCGCAGCGCUCCACCGGGCGCGUGGAGGUGGUGGAGUGGUCCUUCAGCUCGGCACUGCUCUACUCUGUCACCGUUAUCACUACCAUCGGUUACGGCCACAUCACUCCACGCACCGACGGCGGCAAGAUAAUGACCAUCUUCUACGCGCUGAUCGGCGUUCCUCUGAUGCUGCUCUGCCUCACCAACAUCGGCCAGCUGAUGGCCAACACCUUCCGCUUCACCUACUGGUCCUGCACGGUCAUCUGGAGGCCGCGCCGGCCGCAGGCCACGCGCACCUCCGUGCGCUACUCGCAGAAACGGAGCAGCGCCACGGCUGCGGCCGCUGCGGCUGCCGCCCUAACCUCGGUGUCUCCUGGGAUGGAGUUCGAGGAGGUGCGCACACAGCUGGGACCGGCAGGGGACGCCGCGAGGGCGCGGAAUGCCUCCGGGGGGCGGACGGUGAUUGUCAACGAGCUCGGUGUGGUGACGAGACACGUUCCUAAUGAUGUGGGGAUGGGUGUUCGAGUGGUACAAAACGGCCCGAGUGGAACGCUGAGGACCUCUCCUGCAACCCGCGGCGGCUCGCUAUUGCGGCAGCAACACACUCCUGUGGGUACUCUGAUGCGACAGCAGAGCAGCCCCGCGGGCACCCUGGUGCGUCAGCCGAGCAGUCCGGGGGGUAUCAUCAGGAGACACCCGAGCAGUCCCGGUGGCAGGAGACAGCCGAACGGGCCGGGCGGCGGGCCGCGGGGACUGCUGGGAGAGCCCAGUCUCAGUGAGCCCGACUGCCGCGGAGUGAGCGCCGGCCCUGGGGACCUUCUGCGCACCAGCGGUCCCGCCACCCCGAUCAAACUGCUCGACAAGGAGACGCGGGACAUUUUGGUGGAGUGUGCCGAGUACGUGCUCACCGAGGAGCUGAGCUCGCUGCUCGAGACGUCGCCGCAGCGACGAGGGGUGUUCCGGGACCGAUCGGGAUCCAAGUCGGAGACAGCGGGAGGUGAGGCUGGUGCAGGCGGUAUAAAUGGUGUAGUCGGUGGCCCUGGCGGCGUUGGUGGUGGUGUUGGUGCUAGUGAUGCAAAUGUCAAUGGUCCUUCUGAAGGUGGCGAUGUUGAAAAUGAAACUGUUGCUGUGCCUCAUGUAAGUGGCGACAAAUUAGUUGAUACCGCUGAUGACCCAGAUGCUAUCAUUGAUGUGAUCGAGGCCAUGGCAGGGGGUGAUGCAGAGGUUCCCGUGACGCCAGUCACAAAGAACUCGACAUCAGCGACGAACCACGUGACGUUCUCCACGCCUGUGGAGAGUGAAAAACGCCAGCCGCCGACCCCGCCGUGUCGGAAGAGCAGCCUGGCGUCUCGGCCGCGCUCGGGCCGCAACUCGGCGGGCUCCAGCGGCCGGAGCAGCCCACAGCGACUACCGACCUUCCCAACAGAGGUGCCCCCGCCGCCCUCAGUGAAGACGGUGACCGCCGGGAGCGUCUCGCCUUCCUCCUCGGCGGCGGAGCGGGCCCGGCGCCGGUCGGACGCCUCUCCCGCCCGCGGAGUGAACAUCACGUUCGACUCCGACUCGCUGUCUCUCGGGCCGGCCACGCCGCAGCGCAAGCUGAGCAGUCCUGCCAGGAGGGCGGCGGUCAACAUCGAGCACCCGCACCUGCGCAAGAUCUCCCGCAGCGAGAAGCGGAUGCGGCGGCUGGCGACGCGGCAGUGCUCGGAGCUGAGCGGCGCCAGCACGCUGCUCUCCACGCCGUCCAGUCUCGACUCGGGCGUGUACUCGUCCUCGCAGCGGUUCACCUUCCCGGAGCCGGCGGCCGCGCUCGAGCCGGAGCCCGACGAGCUGGUCCAGGUGGAGGUGGUGAAGACGGCCGGCGGACAGCGCGCCGCCGGCCGCGUGCCCAUCCCGCUCGUCCUCGGCUUUGUGGCCAUGUACAUCUGCAUGGGCGCCGGCAUCUUCGCCUGGUGGGAGGAGUGGCGGUUCUUGGACGGCGCCUACUUCUGCUUCAUCACACUAUCCACCAUCGGCUUCGGCGACCUGGUGCCGGGCACCAAGGUGCUGAGGGCCGAGACGCAGGAGGACCAGCUCAAACUGGUGUUCUGCUGUCUGUACCUCAUCCUCGGGCUGGCCAUCAUCGCCAUGUCCUUCAGCCUCGUACAAGAGGAGGUGAUCGUCAAGUGCAAGGAGAUCGGAAAGUGCACGGGCAUUCUGUACGACAGUGACGCUGAGGACGAAUAAUGCUGGUGCCGACGGGGUCUAGGCUAGUUUAUACCUGGUGGGGAGUGGUCGACUGGAUUGUUUUGUGUUGUUUUGAAACAUCGUGGCUUCCACUCCUCAUACGAGGAAUGAUAUUGUGCCAAUAAAAAACUGAGUACCU